UCCCGACACUGUCAGACCCCGGGCCUCUCACUUCUCUGCGCCGGUUUGCAGCCCUGUCACCCGGGCUGCUGCCGGCCCCCUAACCCGUCCGCUGUUCUUCCAGCCUCUUUUCAUCCCAGCAUCGAAAGCGACCCUCCUAAAAUAUCAGACUGUUGCCCUGCUUUCCGAAGUCCGGCAAGGACUCCCGUUUCACCCAGGAUCUCAUAUUUUGGAUUCUGGCUACAUUGUAAUGAAUGACACUUCGACAUCAGAUGUCAUUGGUCGACGAGUUGAGGUUAAUGGAGAACAUGCAACAGUGCAUUUUUCUGGUAUCGUCCCUCCUGUGGCAGGACUCUGGUUAGGAGUAGAAUGGGACAAUCCCGAGAGAGGAAAGCAUGAUGGAAGCCACGAGGGGACUGUGUAUUUUAAAUGCAGACACCCAACAGGGGGAUCCUUUAUUCGUCCCAACAAAGUAAAUUUUGGAGUGGGCUUUCUCAUUGCAGUUAAGAACCGCUAUGUGUUAGAAGAUGGACCAGAGGAAGAUGGAAAAGAGCAAAUUGUUAUAAUUGGAAAUAAACCCGUGGAAACUAUUGGUUUUGACUCUGUUAUAAAACAGCAAAGUCAGCUGAGCAAGUUGCAAGAAAUUUCUCUGAGGAACUGUGCCGUGAAUGGUGCUGGUGACAAAGGAGCAAUUGCCAAAGCGUGUCCUAAUAUCAGAAAAGUAGAUUUGUCAAGAAACCUGUUGUCCUCGUGGGAUGAAGUCCUAGAUAUUGCUGAUCAGCUGAAACAUCUGGAAGUUCUUAAUCUCAGUGAGAAUAAACUCAGCUUUCCCUCGGGUUCACCAGCUCGAACCGGAACAUUUCCUGCACUGAAGGUUUUAGUCCUUAACCGAACAGGAAUAACAUGGGCGGAGGUGCUCCGGUGCGCCGCUGGGUGGCCGGUCCUUGAGGAGCUGUACCUCAAGUCUAAUGAUCUCCUCAUUUCGGAAAGGCCGGCUGAUGUCCUGCAGACAGUCAAGUUAUUAGACCUUUCCUCUAAUCAAUUAAUUGAUGAAAAUCAGCUGUUUCUAAUAGCCUAUCUGCCCAGAUUAGAACAACUCAUCCUUUCUGACAUUGGACUUUCUUCUAUACGUUUUCCAGAUGCUGGAACUGGGCAUAAGACUUCCAUGUUUCCUUCCUUGCAGUACCUCGUCGUGAAUGACAAUCAGAUCUCACAAUGGUCGUUUAUCAAUGAGCUGGAUAAGUUACGGAGUCUGCACGCUCUGUCCUGCAGCAGAAACCCCCUGACGGGAGAGAACAAAGCAGCACAUACCACGCGUGGGCUCAUCAUCGCCAAAAUCGGUCAGUUGAAGACCCUGAACAAAUGCGAGAUCCCGCCGGAGGAGAGGCGCGGCGCCGAGCUCGAUUACCGGAAGGCGUUCGGCAACGAGUGGAAGGCGGCGGGCGGCCACCAGGACCCCGAGCGGAACCGGCCUCACGCGGAGUUCCUCGCCGCGCAUCCCCGGUACCAGUCGCUGUGCCUCAGUACGUUUGCGGCCGCUGCCCUCCCGCUCCGCCCCCGCGGCCCCAGCCGCGGGGCGUCGGAGGGGACCCUCGGUGGCCCUGCUUUUCUUCGGGGCGUGGUGGGGUCCUCCCAGCGGGCCUCGGUGCGAUGCUGGGGCCGCGUCCGCAAGCCCAGGAGCCAGACUCGAACCGGCCUCUUCAGGGCAGAGUCCGCAGCCCCGCUCCGCAGAGGGAGCGUGGGGAGUCCGAGGCCUCCUGGAAGGGCGAGAUCGGCAUCGGGGCGCUGGGGCGGGGGCAGCCCUGCGGUGGAAGCCCCUCCCGUCUGCCCGAGUUCACCGCCCCCCCUGCUUCGCGCCGCGGGAGAGCGGGGGACCCCUCCUUGCGGGGGGGCAGGAGCAGCGGCGGCCCCGGCCGAGCCUGCGGACCUCGCACGCGCGGAGCGUGUUAAGGUCGAAGCCGGGCCCCCGUGUUGCUGAAGCUCCCCGGGCAGUGGUGACCAGCGUGUCCGGUCCCCUCCGCGCGGCUCGAGGGCGCC